GCCGCGGCACCGACUUGCUCGGAGUCGUCAGUGCCCGCGUUGCGCAGGCUAUCCGACAACGACCUUGCUCUAGACACUCAUCAUCAUGCCCACAGAACUCCCAUAUGCUGCGGAUGCAGAGGUCUCGUUGUCGUACGACGAACUGGAGGUGCUACGCCUGCAGUACCAGAAGGAACUCUCGCAGUCCCAUGUCACGAUACAGACGAAGUUCAACUAUGCAUGGGGACUUGUGAAGAGUCCAUUACAGGAAAAUCAGGUUGAGGGUGUGAGGCUACUGCAAGAGAUCUACCGUGCGGAGCCAACAAGGCGAAGGGAAUGCCUAUACUACCUAGCACUCGGCUACUACAAGAUGGGGAACUAUGAGGAGGCAAGGAGAUUUAACUCCCUCUUAAUGGAUAAGGAACCCUCGAACAUGCAAGCACAGAGCCUUGCCAGUCUGAUUGACCAGCGGGUCACCAAAGAAGGAUACAUCGGUAUGGCACUGGCGGGCGGAGCUGCCGCAAUCGGCACAAUCCUCCUCGCGUCUCUUAUACGGCGAGCAGCCCGCAAAUAA